AUGCAACGCGCUCGGUUGAAGCUGCACGUCAAACCAACACCCAAACCACCACCACCUCUUCCAGCACAAACAGACCCACCACAGGCUGACACGCCCAGCGUCGUGCGCAGCGCCAUGGAUGCGGACCGUGGUGGCGCCGUAGCCGGCCCGUCUCGACCUGCCCCGAAACGCCGUCGCCUCCAAUUCACCUCGCAGAUGCGCACCGCCAUCCCGCGCUACAACGACGACGGCACCGAGACGGUCGAGUACCUGCACCACCAGUCCACGCAGCGACUCAAGCGCAAGUGGGACAGCAUCUUUGAGCGCUUCAAGGACGCGCACCUGCAGGAGCAGGACGAGAUUUACCUUGGCAACCGUGCCAAUGGCGAGCCCAUCGUCGUCGUCAAAGACCGCGGCAGCCUGCGUAGUCUGCGGCAGAGCAUGGAUUUCGGCGUAUUCAUCAAAGACGAAGAGCUUCAGGGCUGGAAAGAACGACCUGAAGCACGGCAGCUCGAAGAGGACGACGAUGCGGACGACGAUCUCGACCCCUCCCACGCACCCGAAUAUGCACGCCGUCCGCAUCAGCUCGAUGGUGAUUUUCAGCAGUCCGAUGACGACGAAGACGGCCACGACCCAGCCGCCAACGAUCCCGACUUGCGCGAGUUCUUGCAGGCAGAAGCGCAACGCAAGGCGCUCCUUGGUGACGAUGCAGCUGACGAUGAAGACGACGACGACGACGACGUUAUCGACUUUAGCCAUCCCUCCUGGAUCGAUUACGAUCUCAUCACACCUACGGCCGCUCCACGUCCACCGCGGCCAAAACCAGCUCCUGCUCCGGUCAGGACCAAGACCGAAGCGUCGCCGCCUGUGCUACCACCCGAAAUGGACGCCUCUUCUUCGUCUGAAGACGACGAGGUCGAUAUCGUCACGCUGCACAGCGACUCGGACGAGGAGCUGGUCGAGUCGAUCCGCACCAAGCGCCACAACAUCGAGCAGCUGCUGCAGUGCACCACCCCGUUCGAAACGCUGCCGUACAACGACAUUGUCGGCCUGGCGGGGCUGCUCGGGAUCGCAGAUAAGUCUGCGCGUCUCUAUGUCGAUCUUGUGUCGGACGACGAAGAGCCCGAGCCCGACAGCGCUGGACAAGAACCUUGGCAGCCGACGCAUCUCCCGCCGACACAGAUUGGGAUCGGCUCGCACUCCGCCGCACACGCUCCGGUCCAGUCUACGCCGGUGCAGUCGCCACGCAAGAUACGCGUCAAGGUCGAGCCCAACCUCACGCCGGAACCGCUGCGCAGCACCACACCGAACCAGCCACAGCGCGCGCCUUGGUCAUCGCCGCAGCAAGCGGGUCAGAGCGACGCUAGUCCUACAGCACCCGCCGAGGUCUCUGCUGCGUCUGAACCCGCGCCGUCUCAACAGAUAGCAGAAAAGAGGCAGUCUGGUGCUGCAUCGCAUGCUCAAGUUGCGGAAUCGCCUCGGGCCGUGCCCGCUCCACUGACGCCUGUGCGACAAGCCGCGCGGCAGCCUUCAUCGUCGUCACGAGCCAGGUCCUCAACUGGCGGCACCCCUCUCGCAUCACGCCGCUCUCAAACGUCUCGUCGGGAACGCACGCCGUCGCCGUCAGCAUUGGAAGACGAAUCGCUUUGUGGCGGCCCCACACGCUGCACCAAGACGUUCUGUCUGCACUGCGUCAGUCUGUCGCAGCGCAAAUCCUAG